AUGUCAAAAACUGAAGUUGACGUAGAAGAACAAUCAUUCUUGAAAGAAGUUACAUCUCAUCUACCUUCCGACUGGUCAGAUGAACAACGUGAUGCUUAUGUUCAACAUGUGUUAAUUAGUUGGCGACGACAUCGAGAACAUUCACGUGAAGAAGAACGUAUCAUUGAAAAAUAUUUGUCUACUAUUGAGCAACAUUUUAAACCUCAAUCACCUGAACUAUAUGAUUUUAAUCAAUGGCCGAUUAAUGAAAAUCUCUUAGCUAUGCUCAAUCGUGGUUCAAUUGAUUCUGAUAUUGUCAAACAAAUACAAUUAUCAGGUGUAUAUACUUUUUCUUUCCUGCCUACAGUAUUUUGUCAAUCAUUAAUUAAUGAAAUAGCAUAUUUUGAACAAUGGUGUAUUGAUAAUGGAUUAAAAUUGUACCGUCCUAAUUCAAUGAAUAAAUAUGGAGUUAUUCUUGAUCAUUUUGGAUUUAAAAAAUGUUUAACUGAUAUCGUUAAAACUAUUGUACAGCCAUUAACUCGACUUAUCUAUACACAUGUAACACUUCCUCUUGAUUCUCAUCAUGGUUUUAUUGUUGAAUAUGCUAUGGACAAGGAUAGAAAACUUGAUUUUCAUGUUGAUGAUGCUGCCGUAACAUUAAAUAUAUGUCUCGGGACAGAAUUUACAGAUGGUCAAUUGUAUUUUGGUGGAGUACGUUGUUCGUCUCAUACGAGCACGACUCAACCAAGAGAUGAAGAAGAGAUUUAUCUUGAACAUCAAGUUGGUACGGCAUGUCUUCAUCUUGGUAAUCAUCGACAUCGAGCGUUACCUAUAACUAGUGGACGACGAUUGAAUCUUAUUCUUUGGGUAAAUUAUGACAAACAAAUUAAAUUAUAUAAAUAA